CGCGUCCUCGUCCAGCCGUGCCAUGACAUACCUCCCCACUGCCGCCAUGCCGUGAUGUCCGCCCUUUCUAGCGGCGACCCGCCGACUACAACAUCCGCCGACCGCAACAUUCGUCAAGCCGCUGGGACAGACACCCUGGUGUCAUUCCCUUAUAGAAGGCGAAGGCGAAAGAGCCGUCGACAAACCCGCUCUCCCCCGACGCGGCGUCGCCGCAAGUAGCAGCGCGCCCGCGGCCCGCUCCGAAAGCCGAGCGGCGCAAGCCCACCAUCAACCGACCGAAGCUCUCGUGCGUAGCCCCGGAGCGCUCCACUCAUGACCUGCACGCUGAGAGACCGACGGCGGGCGCGACCCGCACUCCGGUUCAUACGGAUAGGCGUGCGGAACAAGGGCUGCGCAGGGCUCUCGUACCAGCUCGAGUACGUCGACAAGCCGGGCAAGUUCGACGAGGUCGUUGAGCAGGACGGCGUGAAGCUCGCGUUCAAGAACCCGAGCAUCAAGGACGCGUGCGGGUGCGGAGAGUCGUUCAGCGUCGGUUCGUGAGC